AUUAUUGAGAUCAUAGAUUAUACACUUAUUAUUUGAGAUUGAGAUUGAGUUAUUCUUCUUUCAAGAUUCUUGUGCGGAAAGGUCUUUGAAAUAAUUUGUUUUGAAUAAAAUAUUGUAUUGUUUCUAAUUAAUAUUUUACAAAAGUUUGGCAUUUCAAAGUUUUAACGGAGUGUCAGCACUGUGCUUGUGAGAAUUUAGACUGAAUAUUGUUAAUUCUUCUUCAGGCGUUCAACGCAGGCACGCCAUAUAAAAAUAAAAAGAUAGGCUAAAACUGCGUAAAUGGUCACGAUGGAGUGAAUACGCCUAUUUUUAACUUUACAACGAUUUUAAUUUGUCAAAAUGGCAGCAUCGAAUUCAGAAAUUCAAGAACGCUGCCGUUUGUAUAAGUUCACCAAAGUUUUGACUUUAAAAGUUGCACAGAUUGUGGUCCAGAGCAGGAAAGGAAAGAAAAUCAGUCAAGAUUUUAAACCACAAAAUGGUGUUGAUUCUACACCACCUUUGCAAUGGUUCAACCUAUCAAUCCCUGAUGAACCUGGAGUUAAUGAAGAAACAAAGCGUGUCCUCAAUGGAGAAGUAGUUGAUGCAUUGUCCAAAGUUUUGUCCAUAGAAAUUACACUUCGAACUACAGAUGGUGAUGAAAUGGUACUUGAAUUGUGGACAGUGAAACUGACGACUGCAAGUGAAAUAUGUUCACCUUCUACAAUAUACUACAGAAUGGGUGUAAUGCUUAAGUCGACAUUGACAAUUUCGCGCAUAACCCCAGCAUAUAAACUUGCACGCACUCAACAUAAAGAGACAUACAAGAUAUCCCACCGAAUAUUUAGCGGAGAACCAAAUUUUGAAAAAUUGGGAGAGAAUCGAAGAAACAUCAAAAUUAGUGAACUGCGUACACCAAUUGGUACAAUCACUAUUGGUGUAUCAUACAGGACAAAGAUGACAAUCUUGCCCGAAGAUCGGCCAAAGUUUACAUAUGGAAUAACAACUAGUGGUCAUGACAUUAUGGUUAAGAGUGAUCAUUUCAAGGAUACUCCUAAAAAGAAGAGAGGGUAUGAGAAGAAGGAACUUGAUCUUUCAAAACCAUUAACAAAUGCAGCUUUUGUGGAUAAAGUUAAAAUGCAGGAAUUACAGGACUCUUUAUGUGAGCAGCUACCACCAGAACCACCGAUGACAUGGCUCAUAGCAGAGAGAGAACAAAUCGAUAAAAAAUUGCAGAAUCUCGAUAUUUGUAAAGUAGCAGAUGCGGAGGAUCCAACAGCGAAACUUCUAGCGGAUGCUGCAAAAACGGCCACGACAUCCGCAUCAAGCUAUGCUGCCAGCAAAGCAAUAGAUAUUCCAAGGGCGAACGCGGGGGAUCAGUGCAAGCGCAUAAUGGAGUUUCCGUUCGCCGAAGGAAGCCCGAUCGCGGACCUGGCUAAUUUCUACAACGAAUGCCUUCAAGCUAGAGCGAUGACGAAAGAGUGGAAAGACUUCGCCGAUACCGCCGCCAUCUCGACCGAUUCCGAUACUCUUUCCAAGCAGUUGAAGAUGUUUGAGGAUGCCGUACCGGAAUUCGACAGUAUGGUCGCUUCAAUGUGCAACAGCGCCGAAGGAGGAUCCGAGAAUUAAGACGUAAGUCAAUAUCGCCCGGUAAUAAUUUUAGUUCUAAGAAUUUUUAUUUAGUUUUGAUUUAUAUGUAAUCACUUGUAUGUUCGUUUGCGUAUUAUAAAGCCUUAUUUUUGUACAAGGCCUGAAUAAAUGAGCAACUAUACACGUUUUGUUGUUGUUGUUGUUAUUGUUAAAUAAAAUCAUUCGUUAAGAGUCGGAUAUUAUCUGACACACCAAUUUUAAUAAAAAAAAAUUUAAUAAUUUUUAUCUUCAAAGUGACAUCCGUGUUGACAUGUCUUCUUAUUCACGCCUUGUAUUCUAUUAAUUAUGGUCAUUUAUGCUCAGCGGAGUAUGUACGUCGUCCUAAUUAUUAUUUAUUAGCAUUAUUUCUGUUCGAUAUAGAUUGGUUAAGGAAAUUCGUCGCGAGCUAUUUUCUUAAAAAAAUAUAUAUAUUUUCUAAUCGAUAUGUUUGAACCGCACAUGCGAAUCGGAUCUGUUGUGCGAAAAUGUUGAAAAUAAUAAUAAUAAUAUUUUAAAACUAAUUAACCACGUUGAAUUUGCCUUUUGGUUUGUUGAUAACAUGUAACAAUUACAUAUACAUGACCCAUUAUUGGGAAACUAAUGAAAACAACAAAAAAAAACGCAUUUUUCCAGAAAUUAUACACGAUUGCUUAACUUGAAUAAUCCAAGUACAAUAUCCAAAAGAACCCGAGGAAAGCAAAUCCUUUGUACUGUUCUCUGUGAUGAUAUUUAGUUAGAGAAAAACCGCCAUGAAAAAUCAAAACGUGGUCUUAUGUUUGAAAAGACAGGCCUAUUUUCAAAGACAUUGUGCAUCUAAGAAUAGAAGUCUCGUGUUAAUUUACACUUUGAAUUGAAUUUCUGAUUUUACAAUAAAUUUUCUAAUUGUUAUUCAUUUCAAGUAAACAGUUAUUAUCAUAUGCUCGCAGCCCAGCAAGCGUCAUAAUCACAAACGUCAUCCAUGUCAAUUAAUAAUGUCAAUCCUUUAAAACCUUUUUUUAUGCCGUCAUUGGUAACUCGUCCUUUUUAACCCGAUUAUUCUGGCAAUCUUCUCAGUAAAAUGAUGUUGAAUUGAAUUUUGGAUUUCCAAAAUUACAUUUUAUUUCUCCACACGUGUGAAAUGCCAAACACCUAAACCCGACGACAAACGCUAAAUAAAAUAAACUAGAAUCGAUUUACAUUUAUUUAAUUAGAAUUUGAAUGUAGCGGUUGUGAAAUUUGACGGUUUUCAAGAAAAUGAUUACUAUCGUUUUUUCUUAUUUGUUACUAAGGCUUACAAUGGCUUUUCAAACUUUAUCUACUGCUCCACUGCUAUACUUCUACUUCUAACAUAAGCUCUCCGCUGAUUUCUGUCCUGCUCUCUCAAUUCUUCCAAUCCUCUAUUUGUGUCUACUAAUAAAUAUCCAUUAAUUAUAUAUAAGCCAGCCUAAUUAAUCAAGUCAAAAAGACGUCAUCAUCGAAUGCUUCGUCUGUCAAAUGUCGUCCUAUAGCGUUUGCAUGUAGACAGACGUAUGUAGUUCCUGCGUUUUAAAUAUUCAUCUUCACGAAUUACACGUAAUCCGUAAUAUUCGUUCUUAAUAUAAAUUACUGAACGUGCCAUAGAUGGCUGUAAAAAAAGUUUUUGCUAAUACCAUAAGGAAAUUUACUGCAAUUUUGAAAUAGUAGUAUUUUUAUUACUUGUAAAUGUCGAGAGUUAUCAACUAUUAUCAUAGUCAGUUCAUUUUAUCUUAUUGCUGCAUGGUACUUUAUCAAUUUUAGUGUAGACGCGAAGACAGUGUAAUAAAUUUGGAAACGCAGAAAAUUCAUUUUCAUUGUGUGGGAAUGUUUAAGUAUGUACUUACCUGAUUUCGAGGUUCGAAGUCAACGAGUGCACAAUAUAUCGUGGUACAUUAAAUUAUUCUAGAAUUUACUAUUUAUAAAAAUGCACGUCUUAUUGUCACAAUAAUCGAUAAAGAAGACUGACCAUAAAAUACAUUACUGCGGAGACUGGUUAUUGUUUAUUUAAUUUACAGAUAACUAAUAAUAAUAUAAUGAGGCUUGAACUUGUAUUAAGUUAGGAUUUUCGAACUCCAUUUGCGGUUAAAGUUUUUAAUUUUAGUAUUUAAAAUAGGAACUAAAUUUUUGGAAAGUUCCUACAUUUAAUUUCAAGCCUAAAAGACCAAUUUUCGAAUUAUAGUAGUUGAUUUACUAGAAAAAUAACAUCAAAAUUACCUGUUACUGGAAAAUUCUAAAUUUCGGAAUAUAAAUAAAUACGACCAAUUUUUGAGAACUUUUAGUCGAUUAUUUAAGAGUAAAAAAUCGAGUGCCACGCAUUUUCGUCGAUAUAUUGAAGGUUAAUAAGAUUUUAUAGCGGCUUAGUGUGACCGUUGCGUAUUAAAAAUGUUUAUUUAAUUAGUGUAAGUGUUUUUAUUUAUUUAUUGUCAUUCGAUGUUUGUGAAAGGUCAAAAUCAAGGCCUAAUUAUACGCGAUGUUGAAAAUUUUGCUUUUUAGUUUUUUGCCUCUGCAUGCUACAAGAUUUAUAAUGAGUCUUUAGUCCCUGAAUGCUACAAGAUUUUAUAAGUCCUUAGCCUCUGUAUACGAGGAGGGAUCAAAAAGUUGUGAGAACGACAUACUCCUUGGUGAGAAAAAAAAAAAACUGGCAGGCAUAUCUCAGAUACAUUUGUAAUAUUAUUAAAGAAAAUCUCCGAUUCUCUUUUGUUUUUUUUUGAAUGUAGUCAUUUGUUUGCUUCGUAUCGGAACGUGUUCUCGAAAAUGGAGAAAAACGAAGUGCGAGCCGUUAUUAAAUACGAGGGCUGCACUAAAAGUAUCGGGAAUGGAAUAUUUCCACUGUUCCUGUCAUAUUAAAAUCUUUUUAAUUGAAAACUCCUUGGUUUUAAAAAUCGAAUACCAUUUAUUUAUUUUAAAAAAGAUUCUCGGUCUUGUCACGAGGUUUUGUCAAACUUGUUUAGUCGUUGAGAAAAUGGAAUUGACUCGAGAAAAUUCAAGAGCGAUGAUUUAUUAUGACUUUCGAAGUGGUUUAACACAAAAACAGUGUGUUGACCGGAUGAUUUCUGCAUUUGGUGAUGAAGCCCCAUCCAAAACCACAAUUUAUCGCUGGUUUGCUGAGCUUCAACGUGGACGUGUCAAGCUCAGUGAUGAUCCCCGUCAAGGUCGUCCAAAAACUGCAGUCACCCAAGAAAACGUUGAUGCUGUGCGUAAGCUGAUUGAGGAAGAUCGACAUGUGACAUACCGCGAAAUUCAGGCAACUUUAGACAUUGGCAUGAGUCAAAUACAAAUAAUCUUGCAUGAACAAUUAGGUGUAAAAAAGUUGUUUUCCCGAUGGAUACCGCAUUCGCUCUGUGAAGAGCAAAAAGCGGCUCGCGUUACUUGGUGCGUCAGAACUCUCGAAAGAUUCCACGCAGGAUCCUCAAAUGCUGUAUACAACAUUGUAUCAGGUGACGAAUCCUGGAUAUACGCGUACGAACUCGAAACAAAAAACCAGUCACGAGUUUGGGUGCUCGAAAAUGAGUUAAAGCCAACAAAAAUUGUUCGUUCACGGAGUGUUGCAAAAAAAAUGGUGGCCACGUUUGUCUCCAAAACCGGCCAUGUUACGACUAUUCCUCUUGAGGGACAAAGAACGGUUAAUGCAGAAUGGUGUGCUCGCAUUUGUUUGCCACAGGUCGUUUCUGAACUCCGUAAAGAGAACUGCAACCGCCGCAUCAUCCUCCAUCACGACAAUGCGAGUUCUCACACCGUUCACAGAACAAAAGAGUUUUUAGAGCAAGAAAACAUAGAAUUAUUAGACCAUCCGCCGUACAGCCCCGACCUAAGCCCUAAUGAUUUCUAUACUUUCCCUAAAAUAAAGAAUAAAUUGCGUGGACAGAGAUUUUCAUCACCUGAAGAAGCUGUGGACGUGUGUUUUGUUUGGCUACAAAACGGCCAUUUUGGAGACCCCAACUUCCGAAUGGAAUGGUUGCUUCAAUGAUUGGUUCCAUCGUAUGGAAAAAUGUGUCAAAUUUCGCGGAGAAUACUUCGAAAAGCAAUAAAUACAUUUUUAAAUGGUAAUGUUGUGUCACUUCGUUAAUUCCCGAAAUUUUCAGUGCUGCCUAUGUAUCUCUGUUUAAAAAAGUUAACGACGCAAGAUAUUCAUUGCGAUUUGGAGGUAACAUUAGUCUGCAUUAGACAACAUUAGUUAAAAGACUAGAUAAGACAACUAGACUGCAUUAGUCAACAUUAGAGUCUGCUCCGCUUUAUUCCACAGUCGCAAGUUGGGCUUCUCAAUUUCGAGUAGUAAGAACGAGCACAGAAGACGAACAUCGUUGCGGCCGUCCAUAGACGUCAGUCACCCUAGAAAAUGCUGUGAAAGUCGAGAAAAUUGUAUUGAGCGAUCGAAGAGUUACCAUCCGAUACUUAAUACAAGAACCAGGCAUUUCAUAUGGAAGUAUUCAGUCCAUAUUGAAACAAUCUUUGAAUAUGAGAAAAGUCUCCGCAAGAUGGGUGCCGAGAAUGUUAACCGACCGUCAGAAACAAAAUCGACUUGACAUUUCGAAGAUAUUGUUGGACAAGUUUCAAGAAGAUUCUGAAAACUUUUUGUAUCGUUUCGUAACAAUAGACGAAACAUGGGUCCAUCAUUUUGAUCCCGAGACAAAACAGCAAUCUUCGCAAGGAAACGGCUAUCAUCACCGAUCCCGAAGAAAUUUCGUGUCGUGGCUGGCAAGGUUAUGUCCUCAAUAUUUUAGGACUCGCAAGGGAUAUUGUUGAUUGAUUACCUAGAGCGUAGAACCACUAUUACAGGCGAAUAUUAUGCAGCUUUAAUUUCCAAGUUGAGGAAUCCCAUCAAAGAGAAAAGGGGAGGGAAACUUCGAAGGGGCUUCUUUACUGUUUCAUCACGACAAUGCACCCGCGCACAGGUCAGCAGUUGCAAUUUCUGCCAUUCAGUAAGCUGGCUUCGAAUUGGUUGACCACCUCCCUUAUUCACCAGAUCUGGCGCAUAGCUAUUUUUAUCUGUUCCCCAAAUUGAAAUAAUACUUAAGGGGAAACAGGUACGAAGAUGACAACGAGGUGAUGGAUGCUGUGGAACGCUUUUUGCAGGACCAAGACAAAACUUUUUUUUGAAAGGGAUUGAAGCCUUGGAAAAACGUUGGACUCUGUGUGUAGAGAGAUUCGGAGACUAUGUAGAAAAAUAAAUUAUUAAGUUAUCAAUAGUCAUUAUAUUCUAUCUCAUUCUCACUACUUUUUCAUCCUCCUAGUACUACAAGUUUUAAUGAGUCUUUAGCCCCUGAAUAUGACAAGAUUUUUUAAAUCUUUUGCGGCUGUAUUGUACAAGGUUUUGUGAGCCUUUAGUGUACAGAUGCAAUACACAUGCCACAUAAUUUUAUAAGUCCUCAGCGUCGGUAUGCUACCAAAGUUUCUUGGUCUUUAGCCCCUGAAUGUUCCAAAUUUUUUUGAAUCUUUUGCAUCUGCAUCCUACUAGAGUUAAUGAAUCUAGCUCCUGGAUGCUAUAAACUUCGGCAGCAAUAAUAUAAUCUUUUAAGAAAUUAAAGGUUGCACGCUUGUGUUACAUUGACCUGCCCGAUUUUUGGUCGAUCUUAUAGUUUCUUUGGGCUAAGUUUACCGUGAUAUUUUCUGUUCAUUUCAGCCAAUAUAAAUUAAGAAAAAAAAAAAACAUUGUACUGUUUCAAUAUUAGUGUUGCUCGUCUUCCCGUACUGUCAGAGUUCUUAAAAAUUCAAAGGUCUGUUUCAUUACAAAAGUUUUUGUGCCAACACCUUGUAGAUUAAUGGAAUAUUUAUUUUUACAUAGUAAUGUUCCUAAUUAUUUUGUUUUGGCGAGUCAAUUUAUAUAAAACACACCCUGAUUUCGUGAUUGCUAGUAUAGUUUCUUUAAAGCGAUUCACAAAGUUUGAUAUUAUAAUAAAUGAAUAAAAAAGUCAUCAUUGACCUAGAUAAUAAGUUAAUAUUAUGUAUAUUGAAAUUUUAUAUAGAACCUUUAGUAUGUUAGUUUUUAAUUUUCUAUUGUUGUAUUUUCGCUAAUGCGUGGCCUUUUGUUAGGUUAGCACGUUGGUUACUUGAUAUUUUAUAGUUUGUCUUAUUCGUACUGAAUUAUUUGAUACUUAAUUUUCAUUAGCAGGUACCUAUGCCAUAAUAGGUUAGUCUUAAUUUUUUUUUAGAUAUUGUGUACUUGACUAUGUUUUUAAUAAAAUAUUUAAUAUUUUUUCAUAUUUUUAAGUGUUUGCUAUUAUAUACAUGAGUAAGCAAAUCCGUAUGUUUUCAAACAGAUUUUACUAUAAAUUCAUAAGGUUGUGGUUAACAUAAUUCAAAACAAUUGCAGCAAUGAACCUUAAAAACAACGGUCAACAUAGGAAGCAUAUAAACUUUUUUAUUCAUAAACGCCACAUGUAUCACGCAGCCUUUUAAAAUUUAUAACACACUAAAUAAAUAAAUAAAUAUAUUAAUUUGUUUACGUGUUAUAAUAUUAUUAUCUUAAUUUUCUAUGAACAUGUUAUGGGUUAAAACAGUAAGAGGCGUUAUGUGUUUCAUUAAAAAAGAAACCUCAUUGAAUGUCAAUUGGUUUAAGUGUCAGAAUAUGUGUGAUAAUUCAAAAAAUUCAAGAAAAUUCAACGUUAAUUGUAUAAAAUAUUUUAGUCAUCACUUCAAGCACGCGUGCUUUCUAUCUUUCAAAAUAUCCCUUAGAAUGAAUGAGAUUAUUCAAUGUUUAAACAGAUUUUAGAAAUCGGUAUGGUAUAAUCGGUAUCGACCAAUCGAUUUUUUUGUAAACUGAAUACAUGUUAUGUCAUUCACAAUAUUUUUUUCCAAUAGAAGAUUAGUCAAGAAUGAUAUUCAUCGUUGGUAGAACUUCGCAUAUCGUUGACAUACUCAUAAUUAAUCGUAAUACAUAUAAAAAUAUGUAUUUUUAUACAUUAUUCUUGUUUGAUUUUACGUUUCAAAUCUACCUUUUAUUAAUUUUUUUAUUUUCGAUAUAAGAUUAUAGCUUCCUCAUUACUGCUUUAGUAUAGUAAUUGUAUUACGAGCCACACCAAUAUUUACGUAUUUAUUAUUUCGUUUUAAAACAUUUAUAAUAUAGAAUGUGAAUUUUGAUAAUUGAUAUUUCGCUUAUAGUACAUGCAUGUACUCAUUUUAUAUCGUAUUAUUUUAGUACGUACAUAAUAUAAUAAACUAUUAGUUUCGUAUAAGCGAAGGGGAAUCAUUGUAACAUAAGGAAACAUCUCUACUGCCAAAUAGAUUAUUUCGCUGUUAGUGUGUUUUUUUUUAAACAGUGGGUCUAUUAUGUGAAUAAGAUGUUGGGAGCUUGUUUCACUACAACGACAGUUAUAAUUUAAGAAUUCAUUUGUACUGUCUCAGCACAGUCUGCAUAACUGAGUAGUGAAAUUAUCCCUUAACGGCAAAGGGGCGAAGCUAGGAAUUAAAUGGAAGCUUUUACAUGUAAGAACAUAACGCUCCAAAAUUAAAUUAUUAAUCUACAUACGUGUGAAAUUUGAAAAUAAUUUCCGUCAUUAAAUUCAUAUUUUAUGCGACCAUAUUUUAAUGAGUAUUCUUUAAAUACUUAAUAGCCCUGUAAAAAACUACAUAUGAUACCGGUCUGGAGCCGAUUUUACAAAAUUAUAUCCGACUUCAUAUCGAGAAAUAUCGGAUCAAAGGAAAAGUCGAGCAUGCGUGUAUAACGUAUAGAGUUUGCAAACAAUACAGGGUGUUAGAAAAAUAACUGCGAAAACCCAUAGUGCAUCAUUUUUGAUGAAAUUUGUACGUCAAAUUUUGAAGUUGAACUUCAAUGACGAUUUCUCGAAGCACUGAUUAUUUCAUAAUACUGAAUUCAAUAGACCUGCUGGUACAUUCUGUAUCUAUUGCCUCUUACAUAUAUGAAUACUAGAUUUUUUAAACUGUGUUUGCUGUUUUUACACGAAUGCUUAAGAACUAUAUAUGUAUUAUUUUAUAAGGAAGUAAAUCACUUAAAUGUGAAAAUGUUUAUGAAUAAACAAAUUUAUUUGAA